CCUUAUUUAUCGAGAUUUAUGAUUAAAAAAGACUGCCUUUUGAUUGAACCCCGCUUGAACAGUGGACCCCGUACCCUGCACCCCCGCUGAACUUUGUUGGAAAACCGGACCUGUAGUUAUUAUUUAACAAUAUCAUGAGCCUGUGCACUAAUUGCGGAAUAGCAACGGACCGCUGCAAUACAAUAGGAAGGCGAAGAUUGGAAGAUGAAAUGAUUCUUUCAAUUGUACAGGAAUGGGUCGCGCCUCAAACGGUAAAUGAUAAUGAUUUUAUCUGCCAAGCUUGCUGGAAACAUGCCAAUGCUAUAUCUCUUGAUAAAAGUAUAUCAGAAGAGAGUGUGCGGGCACCUUCAAUAGGACACCGGCGAGUGUGUAUUCACUGUGGCCGUUCUCUUCUGAGAAGAGUUCGUUGCCAUCAACUAAGGACCGGUGAAGUGCAAGAACGCAGAAUACACGAAGUUAUAAGAGAAUGGAUCCUACCACGCACAGUGGGUGCUUCAAGUGUUAUCUGUCACUCUUGUUGGGUACAAGCAAAUAAAGCAUCCCGGAAUUUCCAUUCAGGCCCCUCAACAUCUGGUUCAUCUUCAUUGGUUGUCAAUGAGCUAAAUAGUCAAGACAUUCCUCAUUUAGAAGAACUUCCAACAACACAAGGAACUUAUUCUGCACUAAGUGCACCUAUUAUUGGAAAUCUUAUUGUCUUACCAGAUUAUUAUAGAGCUGUUGAAACUGAAAGUAGGUGUUUUGUGGAAGGGUGUCAGGGACAUGAAAGAAAUAGAAUAACACUUACAAUGCGAAAACAGUUACUAAAAAUGUAUAACUAUUAUGUACCUGCAAAUAAUCGCCUUUGUGAUAUUCAUUUGACAUGCACAUCGUGGAACUUUAUCAGCGACAUUAGUGAUAAUAUUAUCAACACAUUUAGUGCUAAUCAAAUUCAAGAUAUGUUUUCUUUAAAAGAGUGAUUGUCAUUUUUUUGAUUUUGAAAAUAUUGAGUCUAUGGAAGACCAUAUUUUUUACCAUUGAGUUGGUUUCAAUAAAGAGCAAUUCAGACAGAUAUUGAAUGAAGCGCCUCAGUUUCUGAAUCUUAAAAAAGGAUCAACCAUAUUAGCUGCUUACAAAGGCUGCACUAAAAGUAUCAGGAAUGGAAUAUUUCCACUGUUCCUGUCAUAUUAAAAUCUUUUUAAUUG